AGAUAAAAGCUAAAAUCAUUCAUUUCAUUUCAUUCAUUCACUCUCAACAAAACUCUCUCUCUCUCAAUCUCCUUACCUUGCAAGCACCCCACCACACACUGUCCAAAGUAAACCGAUCAAAAGCCCAUAAACGUGAAAAAUUAUUCUCCUGGGAUUCUCCUCCACCGAUGCAGAUUGAAUUUCAGGAAUCGUGUGUGUCUGCUAUAUGUUUGAGACCUGAGAUUUGCUAGUCAAUUGUGUUUUUGAGAAGCUUAGAUCUUUCCUUCUGCAAAAGUUUUGGGCACUGCAUAAGGUUUGGCAGUGCCCAUGGAUGCCACAACCAGCGGAACCCCUACUAUCCAAUACCAUAACAUCCCUGAUCAGCCAAUUACUGCCAUUAUUGCCUCUCCACUUCCAACAUUUCAAAGGCAGCAACGCCAUUGCUUUGGGGACUCCACUCCUGGAGAGUUUCCCUUGUCUGCUAAUCCUUCCAUUGUCCUUCAUGUCCUCACAACAUGCAAUUUGGACCCUCAAGACCUUGCUAAACUAGAGGCAACAUGUUCCUUCUUCAGGCAGCCUGCAAACUUUGCUCCGGAUUUGGACUUGUCCUUAUCCGAGCUUGCUGCACUAGACAUGUGCCAGAAGAGAGCCAUCUUCAAGCCAAUGACAACAGAACAACGCCAAGAUUUGAAGCGAAGGUGUGGAGGUUCUUGGAAGCUGGUGCUGAGGUAUUUGAUGGCUGGAGAGGCAUGUUGCAGGAGGGAGAAGUCUCAGGCUAUAGCAGGUCCUGGUCACAGCAUUGCUGUGACAUCUAAAGGGAUUGUUUAUUCAUUUGGAUCCAAUAGUUCAGGACAACUUGGACAUGGUACCACUGAAGAGGAAUCACGACCUCGACCAAUAAGAACCUUGCAAGGAAUUCGAAUUAUACAAGCUACAGCAGGGGCUGGCAGGACAAUGUUGGUUAGUGAUUCAGGAAAGGUGUAUGCAUUUGGAAAAGACUCAUUUGGGGAAGCUGAGUAUGGAGUUCAAGGUUCUAAAACGGUUACAUCUCCGCAGUUAGUGGAGUCUCUUAAAAACAUAUUUGUUGUUCAAGCUGCAAUUGGUAAUUUCUUCACAGCUGUAUUAUCGAGAGAAGGCAGGGUUUAUACAUUUUCGUGGGGUAGUGAUGGCAAACUUGGUCACCACACUGAUCAAAGUGAUGUGGAACCUCGCCCUUUAUUAGGUGCUCUUGAAGACAUACCUGUAGUGCAAAUUGCUGCUGGAUAUUGCUACUUGCUUUGUUUGGCUUGUCAACCAAGCGGAAUGUCAGUAUAUUCUGUUGGGUGUGGCUUGGGGGGCAAGCUUGGACAUGGAUCAAGAACGGAUGAAAAGUACCCUAGAUUGAUUGAACAGUUUGGGUUGCUGAACCUCCAACCCAUGGUUGUUGCAGCAGGUGCUUGGCAUGCUGCUGUGGUGGGGCGGGAUGGUCGUGUUUGCACAUGGGGAUGGGGUCGAUAUGGUUGCUUGGGGCAUGGGAAUGAUGAGUGUGAAUCAGCACCUAAGGUGGUGGAAGCAUUGAACAAUGUCAAAGCUGUUCAUGUUGCCACAGGAGAUUAUACAACCUUUGUAGUGUCUAAUGAUGGUGAUGUGUAUUCAUUUGGGUGUGGAGAAUCUGCUAGUCUUGGACACAAUGCUGUUGGAAAUGAUGAACAGGGUAACAGACAUGCAAAUGUGUUAAGUCCGGAACUUGUUACCUCACUGAAACAGAUCAAUGAACGGGUGGUGCAGAUUAGUCUGACAAAUUCUAUAUAUUGGAAUGCUCAUACCUUUGCCCUCACUGAAUCAGGGAAGCUGUAUGCAUUUGGAGCCGGAGAUAAAGGACAACUGGGAAUUGAGCUUGUUGCUAACCAAACUGAAAGGGGAAAUCCAGAAAGGGUUGAAAUUGAUCUCGGUUAAUUGUUCGUGCCUUAAUUCUUUGCUUGUCAUCUAAUUUAUGGUCAUGCAUAGCAUUUAGUAUUUAAAUUCCUUGUCUAUUUUGUAAAUAUAAUCAAAGAAUGCAUCCUGAAGGUCCAAGGUAGGUAAAAGCUAACAAGGGCCUUAGCUACUGUGGUUGUUGAUAUCAUCACUCUUAGGCUUCAUCCGGUUGUUGAUAGUUGAUACAUUGGUGAAGGUUCAUUUAUAGUUUAGUUGAAACAGUUUGUUAAAUUUAGCAUUCAUUUAUCAUCAAAAUCAUCAUGGUUUGGAUUAUUUAA